AUGACCUAUUGGGAUGAGAAGAUGAGAGGGAGAUGGUUUGGUUUGAGGAUCCGUUCCUUCGUUGGUCCUGCAGGUAUUGGUUGUUGUAUGCAUGAUGAAGUUGGGACGGAAUUGGCUAGGGCAGCUAAACCCAUAGGACUUGUGUCCAACAAUAGGGCUGAAAUAUUAGCCCUCAUUGAAGGUCUUCUUCUCUACCAAAAUAGGGGCAUUCGCAAAUUGGCUAUUGAAGGAGACUCGGCCAUUAUCAUUAAUGGCCUCAGAAAAGGCUCCCUUUCUGAUUGGAAGCUAAAUGUGCUCUUAACAAGAGCUCUUUGUCUCCUAAACAAUUUUGAGAAAUUGACCUUCAAUCAUAUCUAUCGAGAAGGAAAUUCUAGAGCAGAUGCAUUGGCUAAUGCCAGAGCUGCUAGUCAGUUUAUAAGUUAA